UCUGGUGCAGGUGGAUUCAGGCUCUAGCGAAGCAAAAUAAUGGAACAUCAAGCUUACCAACCCGUCUUGCCCUGUGUUAAUAAAUAUCUGCAAUACAGAUGGGACAAGAACUGCUAUGAGAUGCACAGGAACAAGGUUAAAUCCUCAAAACCAACUAUCAACACAACUCCACCGAAAACUUACAACCACAUUCUUGUCAAGCAAAAGAAAAGACAGCUUGAAGAAGAACGGGUUUCGAGAAUCACUAGAGAAAAUAACUUGCUUCUCGACAAAAUGUCCCAUAUAAUGAAGACCAGCGGAGGAGUUGACUGUAAAAAUGACUAUGUAAAGAAAAGUCUUGGUUCAGAAAAAAGACAGCAGGAGCUGCUUCGCAUCACUAAAGAGAAUCAGUGUAUCCUUCAGCGUCUGUCCACCUGCAGGCCCCUUUACAGCGUUCACGUGUGGCACGAGCAGUGGCUCAAAAACCUGCAGCUCAUGGACACCAUAGGGAGAUAUCCGAGUCUGCACACAGCACAUGGAUCCUCUUUGCCACCGAUUUCAGCAGAUAGACAUGGAAUACAGAAGAAGAAAACUGCAAGAAAUGAGCAUGAACUGUCUAAAGAAGAUCAAAUCUGAACACAAAGAUACAUCUCGAGAUGAAGCCUAAUUCGCGGAAGACAGGGUGUAAAUCUUAAAGAUAAAAUAAGUUGUUUUUCUGUAUCUCAAGUCAAGUCAAAUCGAGCUUUAUUGUCAUUUCUGUUACAUAUCUGGACGUGUAGUUGAACGAAACGUUAUGUCUCACAGGACCACCUUGAGCAUAAAUAUAAGCUUCACUAGAAGUCUAUUAAUAUUCUUACUGAAUUAAGUGAUGCCAUAGUCAAGUACAUAACAGUUCAAUAGUGAAUCAUAAGCACGAGGGGUCCCUUUACAGUCUGUUCUGAACAAUGUUUUAGCUGUUUUAUUAUUUACUUAUUUUAUUUUGUGUUGCAUUGUAAUUUUAUUUUCUUUAUUAACCUAGUACAGUAUCCCCCUGUACAAAUUUAAAUCUAAAUAAAUGCAUUAAACCAAUUAUGCCCAGAUAUGAAAAUGACUUUUCUAAAGAAUGAAGCAUAACAAAUCUUGUGUAGAUUUAGACACUAUGAUUACACAUUCUGUGUGUUUAUAUUAAAUGGUUGUUUUUUGAAUUCUUAAACUGUAUAUCAGAAGCUUAAUUAAAUGUCUGAAUUAUUGUAAUAAAUAUUUUAAAAUGACGUGGACCGAUUUCUUUU